AUGCUGGCCAAGUGUGUGGAGCAGAGGGGUCUACAUAGUUGCUUCCAUGAUCUGGAGCUCUAUGUCCGACUGCCUGUACGUCUCCCAUUUGCCUGCUACUCGGUGUUCAUGAGAGAAUGGCUGCAGGUGUUUCCUCUGGAGAAUUUCCUCUUUAUCAAAACUGAAGAGUACGAGAACAAUCUGGAGGAUACACUGAAGUCUGUCAUGGAAUUCCUAGGUCUGGGUCCACUCAAAGACACACAGCUACAAGUGAUUGCCGAAGAGGAAAGGUCAAGGGUCACUGUUCAGAGGAAGAUAGCAGGGCCCAUGAAGAACGCAACCAGGGACAUUCUAGAAGAGCUUCUUGGUGGCUGUAGCACAGAGCUGGCUCGGCUGAUUCAGUCCGACAAGUUUACCUGGGGCUGGUGA